AUGGUAUCUCUUUUUUUGCUGAUCGACAUUGACAAUACACUGUACGAGUACAGCGAAACUGGCUUUGACAAAGAGAUGCGCAAUCGCAUCUUUGCCUUUGCAGAGCAGAGGGUCGGCUUGACCACCGAACAGGCUGAGUGCCUCUCUCGCAGGUACUGGCUCAACUACGGCCUCUCUCUCCACGGCUACGUAAAGGAGUACAAUGUCGACGCGAAGGAGUACAGCGACUUUGUGCACCAGUGCUCCUAUGAUAAGCUGCACUAUAACAAACCGCUGGUGGACAUGCUGCUGAGCAUGCAGUACGUGCGAGAGGAUGCAGAGGAGUACGACGGGCCGCAUCCAACUGGCGUCCAUCACCUCUACUACUACACAAAUGCCAACCGCUCUCAUGCACGCAAAGUGCUUGACUUACAAGGACUGCGUCCUAUAUUCACCCGACCGCGUCCGGUAGGGUUGCCCGUGAAGGAGUACCACCGCAUCGACGACGAGGCUGGCUUCGAGGAUCACGUGGAGUGGCUUGGCUUUUCUUACGAGGAUCAGUGGCGGCUGACGAAUCCGGUGAUUGCAAACAAGCCAAUGCGGCGAGCCUACGAGGCGAUCUACAAGGCAAUUGAAGACCAGAUAGCCGAAGAUGCGACACUGGUGACCACCACUACAACAACAGCGGGCAGCGAGUCAGCCUUCGCAUCUUCCCCGCCACUGCGCAAAUCAAUCAGCGCGAAGGAGGUGGAGAACAAACAAGCCCACCUCCGCCCGGAGAACUUUGUCAUGGUCGACGACUCGCUCAUGAACAUCGAUGCGCCGCUCGAGCUUGGCUGGGGAGCUGUCUGGUACGCGCACGACAAACAGGAGCUCCCGACAGAUGUGAAGAGCAACGCAAGUGCCCCUCUCUAUGCCGCUGCUGUCGCCUCUGGACGUCUGCAGGUGAUCCGUAGCAUCCUUGAGCUGAAGACGGCGGUGGAGCGGAUUUGUGCAGUCAAUAGCCGGAGUACGUCAUCGUGA